AUGCAAGAGGGUGAGACGAUCACUCAGUAUUCUGAUAGAAUUUCCUUGAUUGUCAAUAGAAUCAUGUUGCUUGGCGAGAAUUUCAAAGAUAACAGAAUAGUUGAAAAAGUCCUUGUAACUAUUCCUGAGAGAUCUGAGUCUAAAAUCUCCGCUCUAGAAGAGUCUAAAGAUCUCUCUGAUAUCUCUCUUGCAGAAUUAAUAAGUGUGCAACAACAAAAGGGGGCAAACCCCAUAUGCCCCUUCAUUUUCACAAAACACACGCCAAACACACCAUUUCCUUUAUCCCCUUCUCUCCCUUUCCUCUUCGAUGAAACACUAGGGAGCGUCGCCUCACUUUCUUCUCUCUUCUCGCCUAAAAAUGGUAAAAACACAGAGGAGUUCAGACGUUGUGCAGUUGUGUGUGUUCGUUUGUGGAAAAAAUUUAAUGUUCCCACUCGUUUUUAUCCAAACAACGCCUACAAGCAUAAAGGGUCUUCAAAUCCAUUUUUGUACACGGCUGCGCAUAAAAAAGGUUUAACAAGCUUUAACCAAUGGGCAACACUUUUGACUUUUGAACUUGAAGAUUUGCCCAUGGGGCAAGCUGGGAUAAAAAAUCAAGACCAUCCAUUUUCAAGGUCAUUGAGUGUAAUUUCCUCGUUGCAUAUACCAUAAAGUCAUACUGAUAUGUGAUGCGUUUAUUGUUUUUCUCGCCCUUAUUUACAGCUUUGAAAUAAAGACGAUUAGACAUGAUUUGUGAGUAAUCUAAUCAGAUAGCGAGGUUGAGUA